CUGCAGUGACCAGUCUUUUAUCAGUUUCUCUUACAUUUACUUGCUGCCUGACUCAGUAACAUAAAACAUGCAUCAAAUACAUUAUGACACGCACACCCUUCCCUGUGUGUCAUCAUGACUCCCAUCUGGCUGCUUGAAUGUGAAAUCAUCCUAGAGCAAGUAGCAGAAGCAUCAGCUGAGAGAUGUGGGAGGCCAUGUAGAAGUGACUAUUAGCAUUAUAUGGUAACUUGUCAACAAUCAGGCAUCCUGAUGAUGAAAACAGAAGCCAAGGAUGGAGAAGAGGAAAGUCUGCAGACGGCUUUUAAAAAGCUAAGAGUUGACACAGCAAGCUCUAUUGCUGCCCUUUCUGUGAAGGGUGAAGGGACAAGUACAAGAGCAUUGGUUAGAACAACUACUGAUGAAAGCAAACCCAAGACCACAUGUGCCUCUAAAGAAACUUGGCAUGGGUCUAUGAGGAAACCUUCAAGAGGAGCAGUGAGAACCCAGCGCCGCAGGCGUUCCAAGUCUCCGAUUCUUCCUCCUAAGUUUAUUCACUGCAGUACCAAACCACCUUCCACAUGCAGCCAGUUAGUAUGCAAGAGCCCAGCUGACCCUCUGGACAAAGCAAAGGAAAUCUGUGUAAAGGAACAAUCCAGUACUCAUGUCGAUGAUGCUGGCCCCAAAGGAGUUGGUACCGAGUCUUUGGCUUUUGUUACAGAGCAAGUGCCAGAAAACAAAGUGAAUAAUUCUCCUACUGCCAUUUCUCUAACAGUCAAAGCAAGUUUAAAGACCACAGAUCUUUCUGACUUUCAGUCUGUGUCCAAGCAAAACAUGAGCAAGCCAUGUGCAUGCAUGGACAAGAUCUGCCAGUGUAGGCGGUGGCAAGACAUGGAAGUGUACAAAUUCUCCGGCUUGCAGAACGCUCUCCCACUGCCACCUGAGAGAAGAACAGUCACUGAGGACCACUCUCAGCCUUUGGCAUCCCGAACUCCUUCAAGCUCUCCACGAUCUUGCUCUGAGCAAGCCAGGGCCUAUGUGGAUGAUGUGACUAUUGAAGAUCUUUCAGGAUACUUGGAAUAUUACUUGUAUAUUCCAAAGAAAAUGUCUCACAUGGCAGAGAUGAUGUACACCUGACUGCAAUGGGCAUUUAAUACUGAAGAGGGUUUUGGUUGAAAUCGAUCUUUGGUCACUCUCCACAUAAGCAACUCACUCUCUGCUCGCUGUGCUUGCAAUAAAAACACUUCUUAGCAUCUCA